AAACCGCAGUCUGCAAGAAAGGAAGCAUCAAGUGACCAUCCAAUCAAUCAAUUAAUUAAGUAAUUCACAAUGAAUUCUAUUGUUUCAUCUCUUAUCGCUGUAUUGGCACUUCAGGUGUCCUUGGUCCUUGGUUGGGGUUACCGUGCUUCUGAUCAAAGGCGUUGGGCGGUACUACAUCCAGCAUGCGGCGGUCGUCAACAGUCUCCAAUUGCUAUUUCUGCUCGCCAAGCUAUACCCAUUUCUAUACCCGCCAUGGAACUGAUUGGGUAUCAGAAUCCACUCCCGGGACCAUUGACUAUAACUAAUAAUGGACAUUCUGUUGCACUAAGCAUCCCUAAAUAUUCAUCCGAAGAAGAAAAGAAAGGAUUCCGUCUACCAUAUAUUUUCGGCGGUCCUCUCGAUAAUGAGUAUGAGAUUGAAGGUCUGCACUUCCACUGGGGUGAUAAGAACAACCGUGGUUCAGAACACACUCUAAACGACAUGCGUCUGCCUCUUGAAAUGCAUAUCAUCCACAGAAACAAGAAAUACAGGAGUCUUGCUGAAGCUCUCCAACACCCUGAUGGUCUCUGCGUUCUUGCUUUCUUCUAUCAGGUCGUCGAAUUCGAAGCCAAGCUCCUCACUCCCAUCGUCAAGAACCUGUCUACAAUUGAGAAUUACAACACCAGUAUGCAACUUCCUCACACCUUCUCCUUGUCUUCCAUCCUCUCCGGACUUGACACCGAACGUUUCUACACAUACAAGGGCUCCCUCACCACCCCGCCUUGCGCUGAAGCCGUCACAUGGGUCGUUUUCUCUGACUACCUUCCAAUCUCUGUCUUCCAGAUGGACAACUUCCGUGGUCUUCUCUCCAACCUCAACUUGCCUCUUGUUGACAACUUCAGGCAGCUCCAGCCACUCUUCGGUCGUCGUAUCUUCGUAAGAAUUACUUCUAAGAAUCCCAAGUUCAAGAAAACCAAGCUCCACUACUCCAAAUGGGACUGGGUUGGCCAUAAGAAAGCCGAAAAUGACGUUAACGAAUUCGAUGACUAAACAUUUUGAAUAUCCAAAUUUCGAAUUAAAUUAACCAAUCACCGCUCCUCGUUCUUUACGGGUACUAACGAUUCUAACUAACGAUUUAUAAUUUUGUUAAGUGAUUAAUAUGGUUGUGUGCACUGUAUCAUAUUGUAUAUUUGUGCAAUCAGUAUUAUUAUAAGUUAAUGUAAAUAAAUAUAUAAAUAAAUAAUUUAUUUUUAUUUCAAUU